AUGGAGCCACGUGUGGUGUGGCAGUCUUGGCUUUGGUUGCUCCUUUCUCUGUGCCCGGCAGCAGAGGGCCUCUUGCUGAUCCGUGCACGGAAAGGCUGGCGCGACUUCGUCGUCGGUGCCCUGAGUUGGGGCUACUUGCUGCUGGCCUUGUUGCCAGACACACUGCCAAGCGACUACCUGUGGCUCCACUCAGGAACAGCCUUGCUCACGCUGGGGGCCGCCUUUCUCUUCCAGUUCCUUCUACCCUGGCGCUGCCUAGGCAUGACGCUGAUGGCCUACUUUGGCUACUAUUUUGGUCUUAGCGAGUUUGCGAUUCUGCAGGGGGCUGCCCGCCAUUUCACGUAUGACUGGACCUUUACACCGGGAGUGUUAAUGGAGCCUGGAUCUCUCGUCAUGGUGAUCUUAGAAUGGACGUUUGCCUUUGGUGCAACCACCGUCGUCAUCACGUACUGCUAUUGUGAGGCGAAGAAGGCCUGUCGACAACGUGAGGCAGAGGGGUGCGAUGAGGCCUUUGAAGCAAAAGCAGGCGCGAUGUGUGCUUGA